CUAAUAAAGUGAGACGUGAAUGGGCGAGGGCGUGACAGAUACACAUGAGCGCCUGAGAAAGUCGGGCGAAUUGGUUUGAGCUCCGUAAAGCGACUCGGAGAUCAGUGCAGAGGUGAACACGCUGCGCCGCCGCACAUUCCGACCCAGAGAUGCCACCGCAAAUGGAAUACCAGUGUGUGGACAGAAGGAGCACUUUGGGACCUCCAGUGCAGACCGAGAAAGACAAGGAGCCCCAAAUUAAAUGUGUUUUAGUUGGGGAUGGAGCCGUCGGAAAGACCAGUUUGAUUGUCAGCUACACGCGAAAUGGCUAUCCAACGGAAUAUCAGCCGACAGCAUUCGACAUAUUCACGGGGCUUGUCCGUGUCGACGGCACCCCAGUUCGAGUUCAGCUCUGUGACACUGCUGGGCAGGAGGAGUUUGAUCGCCUUCGUUCUCUUUGCUACCCCGGCACAGACGUCUUCAUCGUUUGCUUCAGCGUUGUGAACCCUUCAUCCUUUCAAAACAUCGCAGAGAAGUGGAUCCCCGAAAUACGGACUUUCAGCCCAUCUACUCCCAUAAUUCUUGUGGGUACACAAUGUGACCUUAGACAUGACGUAAAUGUACUCAUUAACUUGGACCGAUUCAGAGUCAAGCCUGUGCUUGAGUCGAGAGCUCGAAAUCUCGCCGACAAAAUCCGAGCUCAAGACUAUAUGGAGUGCUCGGCGUUAACACAGAAGAACUUGAAGGAAGUAUUUGACUCUGCCAUCUUUGCAGCAAUCAAACAUAAAGCCAGGCAACAAAAGAAACUUAAAAUGUCAACAGAUCGGAUGAAAACUCUCUCCAAAUGUGGCUGGAAGAAGUUUUUUUGCUUUGUCUAAAAGGAACUGUCAUCAAAAUGACUGACUCUUUUGUAAUUGACUCUCCUUUGUAAUUUAUUUGGAAAUUUUAAAUUGAAUCUAUGGACUCUGAAGGUGGUUAUUAUGAAUGUUGUUUGAAUAGUCAGCUUCAAAGAGGAUCAGGGCAUCAGACUGAUGGGGAGUAGGACCUGCAGCUUAGCCUGUUGUGAAGAGCACUGUGUGAACGCGGCACUGUGCUCUCGCAAUUUAAGGCUUUCAUUCUACAUUUAUAUGUCUACCUAUGUCUUUAUUAUUUAAAGAAGGACAGGAAUAGAAUGGACUGUAUGCCAUCUCCUACUGCUCUCUACUAUAAAUGCACUUUAGACCAUUGAUUUGGGGUUAGCGGGAGUGGUUGCAUAAACAGGAUUCACAUAUUCAGCCAUCAAAAUGAUUAAUCGGUUGGUUUUCCUUAAGCACAGCUACAGCAGAUGAACUAUGAGGUUAAUCACAAAUAUUGAAAUACGAGUUUCAGUCCCCAUUUUGCAACAUACAGAUAGACUGCUAAUGGGUGGAUAUCAAUCUAACCUUCUUAAUCCAGUCCAGACUAAGCUAUUAGAAAUGGACACGAAUCAAGAAGCUAACUCUGGAUGUGAGAGCUCAAUCAUAUAGACAUGCACACCAGACCAGUUUAGAGUCACCAGUUCACCUAAUGUACAUGUGUUUGAGGCAAAUAACCAGUGUGCCUGGAGACAAACCUACACGGCCAUCAUGCCAGCUUUAUACAGACUGUGACCAGGCUGCCAUUCAGUUCUCAGACCACUUUUGGGCUGUGAGGCACCUGCACUCUGCUAUCCUAGUUAAGGUGAUUAUAAAAACAAACAGACUAUCUAUCUAUCUAUCUAUCUAUCUGCCUAUCUAUCUAUCUAUCUAUCUAUCUAUCUAUCUAUCUAUCUAUCUAUCUAUCUAUCUAUCUAUCUAUCUAUCGUGACCCAUAGUGGGCAUGACAGCACCUUAUACCGCAUAUUUAACCUUAAAGACACAAGAGUUUAUAUUAAAGAAAUAUCUUAACAAAGGUUUCUUUUCUCAGUAAACAAUUCUCUUUCUUGUUCCUUCUCUUCUACUCUUCCCCUGGUGAAAUUUGUCCUUAUGCUCUCCUGACUCUCCAGGAUGAGACGAAACGACUUCCUUUUGCAUGAGUACAUUUUAUUUAUUUAUUUUUUUUGUAUCCCCUUACUGCACCCAGGAAGCACUUUUGGGUCAGGGGGAACCUCCCUAAAACAAGGAAUGCUCCUUCCCACAGCUUCCUUCUUAGUAUCUCCCAAGAAACCUUGCAGGGCUGCCCAUUGGUACUGCAACUCCUAUGCACCCCUGCAGGAGUACAUAGGGGAGAUGCACUAGAAGGAUGCUGUCUCCCAUAGUAUUAGGGGAACACAUGGCCCAUGAAAGUUGCUUACCUCCACCCAUCUAUUAUAAAGUCCACCCAGAUGGGUAAGGAACCAUCUAAACCAGUUGGAAUGCCAGGCAAUCCAUGUCUGGUAUCUAUCUAUCUAUCUAUCUAUCUAUCUAUCUAUCUAUCUAUCUAUCUAUCUAUCUAUCUAUCUUUCAUUAUAUAGUGCCUUUCAUAUAUCUAUCUAUCUAUCUAUCUAUCUAGUGCCUUUCAUAUCUAUCUAUCUAUCUAUCUAUCUAUCUAUCUAUCUAUCUAUCUAUCUAUCUAUCUAUAGUGUUUAUACUGUAUACUGUAUAUAAAAUAUUUAUAGAUAAAUAUGUAUAGCUAAAUAUUUAUGGAUCAAUAAAAUGAUUAUUUUAUUUCUAUAAAAAUAAUGAUUAGUUAUCCCCAUAUUUAUAUAUAUAUAAUAUACACCUUACCAUUUUCUAAGCCUGCUCAUCUGGGGCAGAGUCACAUGACACCUGGAGUCUAUCCCAGCAGGCACAGGGCUUCCAGGUAGGAACAAUCCCAGAACAGGCUGCCAGUCCAUUGCAGGGUAAACACACAGACACUCGCCCUCGCCACGGCCAAUUUGGCAUCUCCAAUCCAGCCAACCCACAUGUCUUUGGACUGUGGGAGGAAACCCACGCUGACACGGGAAGAACAUGUAAACACCAUGCACGGCACGGAGGACCCAGAAUUCCAACUCUGAUGUCCUUCCUGUAAGACAGCUGAGCUACCACUGUGCUGUCCAUGCUGUGUGUGUGUCUAUUUCUAUUGAUCUAUAUAUAUUUAGCUAUACAUAAUUUAUAUAUACAGUGUAUAGUAUUAACUCAAUGUAACUUGACAGAUGUAUAUGCACACAAACGGACAUUGUAUGUUUUAUAUAUUCAGCACACACUGUAUAUGAGGGAGACAAAUAAGAUAAGCAAUCCUUGUUUGAAGACAGAACAUUUUGGCCGUUGGGCGUCAUCAUUGAUUUACAUGACCUGACCAUCUGCUAUCCCGCUGCAGGUGGUCCCCCUCUGUGAUUUACGGUCUCGUGCCCUGAUAUCUACGGUAUUGAUUACCACGCUUAUGCUUCUUGUGGAAGCGAUUUUUAACAUUUUAAGGACUCAUUCAGUUGUGUGAGAUGAUAUAUUUUUUGGGAUGCAGAAUAAGCAAUGUUGAAUACGAGUGAUGGGACAUUUUGUUCUUUUUCCAAAGAUGGAGGGGCUCACAUGGACACUAGUGGACUGCCAUGAAGUCACACGUAUGGUGGGAUGUGGCCGCACUGUAAUCAUUCACACAGAUUUUCUGGAUGCUUCUAAAUGUCACGGAGUUUGUUUUUUUGUACUGACAAUGUGAUGCCGAUUCUGCUUCACUGAUAAAUCUUUAGGACUUUCAGUCCAGCUUGUCUGUUUAUCAAUUCAUUUUGGAUAUGUGCGAGAGCUCAACUGUAUAAGUACUGCUUAAAUAAAGAAGUGUUUUCAAAGUGGA